AUGCAGCCGGGUGCGGGCGAGAACCUGCGCCGCGCCCGCGGCGCCCCCGUCAGGGGCCGCGGGCACAUGGGCGGAGCCGGCAAGUACAUCGAGAUGGACCGCCUGGACAAGGUGGUCAACAUGGAGGAGGGCAGCAGGUCCAUACACAAGGAGCGAGCCGAGAUGCUCGGGGGCGCCAUCGACACGGCGCAGGCGGACAAGGCGCACGCGCGCCUCAAGCGCAUGGCCGCCUUCGACUCGCACGAUUACGACCCGGCGGACAAUGACCUCGAGGAGGACGCCCGCCGCGCUCGCAAACGCGCGGACUACAAGGCGGAGGAGCAGUGGAGGUGGGCCAUGAGCGUGCUCAUCGGCGUCGUCAUGGGCUUCCUCGCCUUCACCGUGGACGGGCUCAUCAAGAAGUUCAACGGGUGGAAGUACGGCGCGACGACGUCGUCCAUCUCGCCGGGCGGCGCGGGGUUCGGGGCGUGGCUCGUAUGGGUCAUCAUCUCCUGCCUCCUCGCCUCCGUCGCGGGCGGGCUGGUGUCCUACGUCGAGCCCCUCGCCGCGGGCUCCGGCAUCCCGGAACUGAAAACGUACCUCAACGGCGUGCACCUCAGGGGUCUGCUGAGGAUCAAGACCCUCGGGGCCAAGCUGGGCGGCAUCGCGUUCAGCAUCGGUUCCGGAUUGAUCGCCGGGAAAGAAGGGCCGUUCGUCCACGGCGGAGGUCUUGUGGGCGGCGGGCUCAGCGCCUUUGGCAGCCACACUUUGGGUUUUCGGACCAAGAAGCCGUCGCACUUUCGCAACGACGCCGAUAAGCGUGAUUUCGUCGCCAUCGGAACCGCCGUCGGCGUCGCGGUGGCGUUCGGCGCUCCCAUCGGCGGCAUGCUGUUCACCGUGGAGGAGGGCGCCAGCUUCCACAGCACCGGCAUGCUGUGGCGGGGCUUCCUCGCCACGUGCACGGGCGUGCUCACCACGCACUGGCUCGAUCAGCUCGACUUUGACGCGAUGGACUUUGCGGGUGCCAAGUUCGGGGUGCACAGGGACUUUGGCCUGUUCACCGACGACGAGGCGAACUACAGCCGAGUGUUCUGGUGGUACUUCUGGGAGGUGCCCAUAUUCGCCGCGAUUGGCUGCAUGGGAGGCUUGCUGGGCGCGGCGUUUGUGAACAUCAACGUCAAGAUCACGAUGUGGCGGCAGCGGUUCAUACCGGUCAGCGACAAGUACCGGCGUCACGCCGAGGUCAUCUUCGUCUGUUUCGUCACCGCCACCGUCCUGUUCAUCAUGAUGGCCGCGUCGCCGUGCAAGCCCAUCCCGGAGGCGUACCGCGUCGCCGCCGCGACGGAUGGGGACGGUAACGGCGUGAGCGACGAGCUACCCGGCGGCGUCGCCAAGUUUGAGUACGGGGUGGAGACGAGGCGGCAGAUUCGCGAUCAGUACUUUCGCAGCCUGUUCUGCAAGGCGGACGAGUACUCGAGUUACGGACAGCUGUUCUUCGUUCCCCUCGCGGAUUCGCUCAAGCUGCUGUUGCACCUCGGCGAGGUGUACGAGCAAAACGGCACGGACGAGUUUGAGCAACACCUGUUCACGAUGGACGCGUUGAUCAUGUAUUUCGUCUUCAUGUACGCGCUGAUGACGUGGACGUACGGCAUAGGCGCGCCCACCGGGCUGUUCGUGCCGUCGCUCGCAGUGGGCGCCGCGGGUGGCCAGAUCGUGGGGCGAAUCGUUCGCGCGAUGGUCAUGAGCACCGGGUCAGAAAUCGUGGUGGAUCUCCACACGUACGCGGUCGUCGGCGCCGCGGCGUGCUUGGGCGGAGCGACGCGCAUGACCAUAUCCAUCACCGUGCUCGUCAUGGAAACCACCGGCUCGAUGCAGCUCAUCAUACCCCUCAUGCUCACCAUAUUCUUCGCCAAGGCCAUCGGAGAUAAGUACUCGAUGGGCAUUUACGACACGCACAUCAAGAUUCGCGGCGCUCCGUUCCUCGACGAGCCGGAGCACGCCGGCGUCGCCGUGGACAAGCUGAAGGUGGCCGAGGUCAUGGCGGACUCGCUCGUCACGCUGCGACCGGUGAUGCGCGUGAGGGAGCUCGUGGAGGUAUUGACGAACACCUCGCACGGGGCGUUUCCCGUCACGAUCACCGACGUGGGCGAAGGUCACAACGCCGGGGACCCGAUCGAGCUUCACGGCUCCAUCACCAGGAACAUCCUGCUCAAGAUGCUGACGCAUAGGGUCUCCAUGUUCGACCCGGAGGAACCGCGCGAGGUGCUGUACGAAAACUCGGAGGACAGGGACGCGCUCCUGGAGAAGCUGAAGCAGAUUCCUUUCAAGUCGCCCGGCGUCGAGAUGAUCGCGUCCACGCUGAGCCGGCGAGAGAUGGAGCUGUCGAUAGACCUCACGCACUUCAUGCAGCGGCACCCCUUCAUCGUGCACGCGGACGCGCGGUUAUCGCGCGCGUACAGGCUGUUCCGGACGAUGGGUCUGCGACACAUGUACAUCACCCCGAGUAAGCCCCAGAUCAUCGGAGUGGUGACCCGGAAGGAUCUGGUGGAGGAGAGCGCCGCGUUGACGCUGGGAGAGAAGGCGGCGGACCUGAGCUACGAGGAGCUCACGGAGACUGAACGAAGGGCGAGCCACGACCUGCCGUUCCUGCCCUACUACACGGGUAACCCGGGCGGAGUGGAUGGCGGGGCGUUCAGCGAGCACGCGGCGGAGAGGGUGCAACACAGGAGCGUUGGCUCGUCGGGUGACCCUUUUCAAAAGGUGCCCACGUCGCCGUCGCAGGUCAGGGACUACUGA